AUGGAAUCCGUUCAAACAAUCAUCAAAACCCUUCUGAAGAAUCCAACGCAAAUCAAAUCCAAAUCUCAAGCCAAACAAAUCCAUGCUCACAUCGUGAAAAGCUUUCCUAUAUUCACCACUACUCUCCUCUCCAUUUACUCUAAACUCAACCUCUUACCCGAAUCCCUCAUUCUCUUCAACACACUCCCCUCUCCUCCCAUCCUCGCUUGGAAGUCCAUCAUCAAAUGCUACUCUUCCACUGCCUGUUUCUCAGAAUCCUUGAAUUGUUUCGUCAAAAUGCGUGCUUUGGGAAUAUACCCAGAUCACAAUGUGUUCCCUUCCGUCUUAAAAUCUUGCACCCAUUUAAUGUAUUUCAAGUUUGGGGAAUCUGUUCACGCUUGUAUUAUCCGGGUUGGACUAGAAUUCGAUAUUUUUACAGGAAACGCGUUGUUGAGCAUGUACUCUAAGCUGCAGAGGUCCAGUGCUCUACAGGUGUUCGAUGAAAGUCCUGAAAGAACGACAAGCGAUCAAAACGAGAGUAUAUUAGUUAGCAAUAACAACAAUAAUAAAGAACUAGAUCUGCAAAUGCAAAGUGUGAGAAAAGUUUUUGAAACCAUGGAAGACCGAGAUGUGGUUUCUUAUAACACACUCAUCUUGGGAUAUGCUCAAAACAACAUGUACAAUGAAGCUAUGUUGAUGAUUAAAGACAUGAGUAAUGCUAACUUGAAACCUGAUGCUUUUACUCUAUCAAAUCUCCUUCCAGUUGUUGCAAAACAUAUGGAUGUUUGGAAGGGAAAAGAGAUUCAUGGGUAUGGAGUCAGACAUGGGUUUGACCAAAACGAGUUCAUCACAACUGGAUUAUCCGACAUGUAUGCAAACUGUAACAUGGUGCAAGAUUCAUAUCACUUGUUUUCUUCCCUCCCCAAAAAAGACAUUGUUUCAUGGUGCUCAAUCAUCUCAAAGCAUGUCCAAAAUGGUCUUUUUGACGAGGGUUUGAAUUUAUUCCGCCAAAUGUUAACUUCCAAUAUCAAACCUGUCCCAAUUUCAAUUUCCAGUAUUACCCCUGCUUGUGCACACUUAACCACUCUACCUUUAGGCCAACAACUCCAUGGGUACAUAAUCAGAAACCAUUUUGACAAAAACAUAUUCAUAUCCAGCUCACUUGUUCACAUGUAUGCCAAAUGUGGAAACAUCAAACUUGCUAAAAAAAUCUUUUAUCAAAUGAAUCAUCAUGAUUUGGUGUCAUGGACAUCUAUGAUCAUGGGUUGUGCUUUACAUGGCCAUGUCCAUGAUUCCAUUACUUUAUUUCAACAAAUGGAAACCGAAUUAAUUCGACCAAAUUCCGUUGCUUUUUUAGCUGUUUUAACUGCUUGUAGCCAUGGAGGAAUGGUGGAUGAAGGUUUGAAGUUUUAUGAAAAAAUGGUGAAAGAUUAUAAGUUGAUUCCUGAGUUUGAGCAUUAUGCUUGUGUGGUGGAUCUUUUGGGUAGGGCGGGGGAAUUGGAGGCGGCUUUUGGGUUUAUAAAAAGUUUGCCGGAAAAUAAAAGAGGUGGUUUGUGGUUGCCGUUGCUGGCGGCUUGUAGGGUUCAUAAAAAUGUGGAAUUGGGUGAAAAGAUUGAGGGGUAUUUAUGGGAAUUUGAUGAUGAUGAAGAAAAGGGUGCGUAUGUUUUGUUGUCGAAUAUGUAUUUUGAUGUUGGAAGGUAUGAAGAAGCGGGAAAGGUGAGAGGAAUGAUGGGGAAGAAAAUGAAUGGAAAGGAACCGGGUUGUAGUUGGAUUGGAAUUGGGAAUAAAGUUCAUGCUUUCAUUUCCGGAGAUGGAUUCCAUUCCGAUUAUGAUGGAGUAAUUGAGGCAUUGGAUAUUCUUUUACAACAUAUGGAAAAGGAAGGAUAUGUUGCAGAUAUGACUUGCAUUUGA